GAAAUCUACAGCAUGAAGAUCGAUUCCAAAGUAACCUCACGGUUUGCUCACAAUGUGAUAAUUAGCCGAGUGGUAAAUCGAGCUAAUGUGUCAAAGGAAGCCUUCUUUGAGAUAGAGCUCCCAAAAACAGCCUUCAUCACCAACUUCAGCAUGAGUCUGGGUGGCGUAACAUAUGUGGGAGCUGUGAAAGAGAAAGAAGUUGCCCAGAAACAGUAUCAAAAAGCUGUUUCACAGGGACAGACCGCAGGGAUUGUAAAGGCAUCUGGAAGAAAAAUGGAAAAGUUUAAAGUUUCAGUUAAUAUUGGACCAACCAAAAAAGUCACAUUCGAACUAACUUAUGAAGAAUUAUUAAAACGUAACCUGGGAAAAUAUGAAAUGAAUAUCAGAGUAAACCCCAAGCAGCUUGUCAAACACUUCCAGAUUGAUGUACAUAUUUUUGAACCACAAGGCAUUUCCUUUCUGGAUGUUGAUUCCAGUUUCCUAACACAUAAUCUGACUUCCCUCGUGGAAAAGACUGUAAGAGGAACAAAGGCACACGUCUCCUUCAAACCAACACUUGAGCAACAGCGCAAGUGCCCUGAUUGUCACGACACAGUUCUGGAUGGAAACUUCAUCAUACGUUAUGAUGUCAAUAGAGACCUGUCUGCUGGCAGCAUUCAGAUUGUAAAUGGAUAUUUUGUACACCAUUUUGCACCUGCUAACUUAGCCAGGAUUCCAAAAAAUGUUGUAUUUGUGAUAGACCGCAGUGGAUCUAUGUCAGGAACUAAAAUGCACCAGACAAUUGAAGCAUUUCUAAAAAUUUUGAGUGAUAUGGCUGAAGAGGAUUAUUUUGGCAUCAUUAUCUUUGAUCAUUCUCUGUCUACAUGGAAAAAUAGCGUAUUUCAAGCAACUCCAGAGAAUGUGAACGAAGCUAAGGAUUUUGUAAGAACUAUACAAGCAGUGGGAGCAACAAACAUAAAUGAUCCCAUGUUGGAGGCAGUGAGACUUCUGGACAAGGCUCAUCAGAGAAAGCAACUGCCUGAGAGAAGCAUCUCCAUGAUUAUUUUGUUAACUGAUGGGGAUCCAAAUAGUGGAGAGUCAAACCCAUCAAAAAUUCAGCAAAAUGUUAAAUAUGCCAUAAAGGAUAGAUAUAAUGUAUAUGCCCUUGGCUUUGGUUACGAUGUUAAAUUCAGCUUUCUGGAGAAAUUGGCUCUGGAUAAUAAUGGUAUAGCACGGCGGAUCUAUGAGGAUUCAGAUGCUCCCCUGCAGCUCCAGGGAUUCUAUGAUGAAGUGGCAAAUCCCUUGCUUUUAGAUAUCGAAUUGCAAUAUCCAGAAAAUGCCAUCUCUGAUUUAACUCAGGCCAGUUUCAGACAGCAUUUUGAUGGGUCAGAAAUUGUAGUGGCUGGCAAGAUUUCAGACAAUAAUUUAGUUUCUUUCCUAAUUCUCCAACAGGCCUCUGGAAACGUGACUUUUAAUGCUGACGUGAACAUCCCAGAGGCUGAGAAUAUUAUUCAACAACAGCAAUACAUUUUCGGUGACUUCACUGAGCGUCUAUGGGCUUACCUGACCAUACAACAACUCCUAGAGCAGCGGGUUUCUGCAGCUGGAGAUGAAAAGGGAAAUCUAACAGAUAGAAUUCUGGAACUUUCAUUGAAAUACAACUUUGUUACUCCGCUAACGUCAAUGGUUGUAACAAAACCAGAGGAAAACAAGAAUGACACCUUUGUGGCUGACAAACCAUUGGAAGACGAGAAACCACGAAGUUCACACACUCCUUUGACACAUAGAUUGCCACCCUCCUACACAUAUGUUGACAGUGAUCCUCAUUUUAUCAUUUCCAUCAACAACAAUAAUGAUGCUGUCUGUUUCAACAUUGAUGGGAAGCCUGGUACGGUUCUCAAUCUGAUCUCAGAUCCUCAUACAGGGUUUGUGAUAAAUGGCCAGUUGAUAGGAGAUAAAAAAAUAGAAAACAACAAGAAAAUAAGUACCUACUUUGGAAGAUUUGGAAUUAUGAACAACAACAUGGAUAUAAAAUUUGAAGUAUCGACUGAAGCCAUCACAGUGUUUCACAGAAAAGAGAAGAUGAUUUUCCCAUGGUCAGCAACAGCAUCUAUAAUGAAACAGAGCUUCUCAAUCUCGAUCAUGAAAGAAAAGAAUGUCACAGUGACAAUCGGAGAUGAUGCGACAUUUGUUAUUUUAUUGCAUCGUGUCUGGAAAUACCAUCCUCUACACAGAGAUUUCCUUGGAUUUUAUACACUUAAGGGUCACCAACUCUCAAAUAAGACCCAUGGAUUACUGGGUCAGUUUUACAAUGGAGUGACUGCUGAGGUAUAUAAUAUCCACCCUGGCUUAGAUGAAGGCAAACCUGAUGCAACAAUGAUUGUGAAGGGUAAUAAACUAAGAGUCACAAGGGGGUACCAGAGAGAUUUCAGACUCAAUCCAAAGCAAGGUGUCAGAAUUCCAUGCUGGUUUAUUCACUACAAUGGAAAAGGAUUCAUUGAUGGGACACCUGCUGAUUAUGUUCUUUCUUCGUUAUUUGACUCUGUUUAUCCAAGAUUUGAGAUUAGGUGGUGA